CUAAACGCGAUCCCGCGCGGUACGGUCACCGUAGCGAUCGAAACUGUACACACGGUGUACAUAUACCAUCCCCCUCCCCCAUAUACACACGCAUACUUAUGUACAUAUUUGCGCGUAUUUGUAUACAAUCUAUAUUUUUGUACCGACGAUAACUAGAUGACUUUUUUGUAUCGUGGAAAUACGUCCAACGGAAGAAGGAAGAAUCACUGUGUACAUAGAUACAUAUAUGGUGUAAAGUGGUAGAACCGGCAGAGUCCACCGUUACCGAUGGGUAGGACGGAUAUGUCAAAAACGCUCAAUGCUUAUAGAAUUAAAAAAAUUGAGAACAUAGGCAGAAUGACGGCGAUGACGCAGGAGGAGAUCGUGGCUGGAGCACGAACGGUUGCUCAGGGUCUGGAAGCUCUUCGAGUGGAACAUGGGGGUCUGCUACAGGGCCUGCAGUCUCAGGACGCGCCAGCCGCUCGGGACAAGGCUAGUCUACUAUCUAAAAUCAUUGAGAUGAUCGACCUGGGCCUAGGCGAGGCGCAGGUGAUGCAGGCGCUGGCGAGUCAUCUGCAGAUGGUGGAGGCGGAAAAGCAGAAACUGAGAACACAGGUGAAGAGGUUGUGCCAGGAGAACGCCUGGCUCAGGGACGAGCUGGCCAACACACAACAAAAGUUGCAAGCGAGUGAGCAAGCCGUUGCUCAAUUGGAGGAAGAGAAGAGACAUUUAGACUUCAUGGCCAGUAUGCGACAAUACGAUCCGGAUCCAUCAACAGAAGAUGAAAAUGCUAAGGAUCGACCGAAAGACGAUCCUGUGGUGGAUCUCUUUCCUGAUGAUGAUGCGGACGAUCGCAAUAGCAAAUCUAUAUCUCCAACUCCACCGUCGCAGUUUGCUCAGCAAGUGAAUGCCGGCUAUGAGAUACCGGCACGUCUGCGUACCCUGCACAACUUGGUGAUCCAGUAUGCGAGUCAAGGUCGCUACGAAGUGGCCGUUCCCCUGUGUAAACAAGCUUUGGAAGAUCUGGAGAAAACUUCUGGUCAUGAUCAUCCGGACGUGGCAACAAUGCUCAACAUACUUGCUCUUGUAUACCGAGACCAGAACAAAUAUAAAGAAGCCGCAAACCUUCUGAACGACGCUCUAGCGAUUCGAGAGAAAACGUUGGGUGAAAAUCACCCCGCGGUAGCGGCGACGUUGAACAAUCUUGCGGUGCUAUAUGGAAAACGAGGGAAGUAUAAGGAGGCUGAACCCCUAUGCAAACGAGCACUGGAGAUUCGCGAGAAGGUACUAGGUCGUGAUCAUCCGGAUGUGGCGAAGCAACUGAAUAAUCUGGCACUGUUGUGCCAGAAUCAGGGUAAAUACGAGGAGGUGGAGCGUUACUAUCAACGUGCACUCGAGAUCUAUGAGGCUAAACUAGGCCCGGACGAUCCAAACGUCGCUAAAACGAAAAACAAUCUGGCAUCUUGUUACUUGAAGCAAGGAAAGUACAAGGAUGCCGAGGUGCUAUACAAACAGGUGCUUACUAGAGCGCAUGAGAGAGAAUUUGGUGCCAUCGAUGGUGACAACAAGCCGAUUUGGCAGGUGGCUGAAGAGAGGGAGGAGAAUAAGCACAGGAACAAGGAGAACACACCAUAUGGCGAGUAUGGCGGUUGGCACAAGGCCGCGAAAGUGGAUUCCCCCACUGUCACUACUACCUUAAAAAAUCUCGGCGCCCUUUAUCGAAGACAAGGUAAAUACGAGGCCGCGGAGACGCUCGAAGAUUGCGCCAUGAGAUCUCGAAGAGAGCACGCACAACAAGUGGGUUUAGCGUUAGAAUUGGUGAACAAGGCACGAGUAGCACAGCUGCUGGGCGACGAAAAGAGCUCCACCAGACGUGGCUCGCGGUCCAGUCUGGCUAAUAGCGAACAUGAACAAAGUCACGAAGAGGCGAACAGUUCGUUGCCACUGGUGCAAAGGGCGCUACACGAAGGACAGUCAGCGGCGAGCAGUGGCCAGCACCAACAUGACGCUAGUCCUAACAAACCCGGGUUUAAAAGCAAGAUCUUUCAAGCUUUUGGCAUUAAUUCGUCGUCUACUACAUAGGCCGGGCGGAUUCCGUUUUCUGUUUCUCGUUAGCUUCUAUUCCGCCUUAUCACAUCGUCACCGUUCUCUUCAGCUGCGUAUUCUGUAUUUUUUUUUAACAGUUUUUAUUUACUCUCUUUCACUCUCUAAUGCUUUCUUGUAACACUUAUCUUAAAUGUAAAAUUUAUCGUACUGCAGCUAAAGAGAACAGCUUUAUUUUAUCGUGCUCUCAUUCGUCAUCCGUCGAUGAUUUUUUAAACGUCACUAUAUAGGUAGAUGUACUUCUAAAGCAAGCGAGAACUUCAAAAUAUACUCUUUUAUUUUAUCUUUCACAUUUAAUAUAUCUAUAAAGGAUUCAUAUCAAUCGAUUGAUUUCUGAAUAUCUUUUGAUGUCAUAAAAUAGAAACUAUUAAAAUAUUAAAAUUAAUUGAUCAGAUUUGAAAUAGAAUGUUAAAAUUAAAAAUAUUAAGAUAAAGUAUUAACAGGAUUUAUUUUGACUUCAAUAAACUCACAAUUAUUUUAGGAUAAUUAUUAAAUUAUAUGAGAUGGCUUAUAGAGUUAUUUUUUAUACAUAUUAAGGCUCCUGGGUACUCGUCGCGGUCAUGUUGGAAUGUGACGUCAGAAGCGAGAAGUGACACGUUGAAAAUUCUUGCAUGAUAUUUCCAAAUAAAAAGAUAUUUGCUUAAAAUAACACUACAGAUCACUUCAGCACAUUUUCAAAAAUACUCCGAGUUACAUCCCUUUCCCUUGACAGUUAUUAAACAUCUCAACAUAUCCGUAAAAGGAAUGUGAUACGAUGCAGGCGCAUGAUUAGAUUUCGUAUUACAUUCAUUUUGCGGCUGUUUAUUAACUGUCAAGGGAAAGGGGUAGACUUAACUUAAACUCGGAGUAUUUUCAAAAUGCGCUGAAGUGAUCUGAAGUGUUAUUUUAUGCAAAUAUCUUUUUAUUUGGAAAUGCCAUGCAAGAAUUCUCAACGUGUCAAUUCUCAACAUUUCUCGUUUCUGACGUCAUAUCUCACGAGAUGUCGGGAAAGAGCCCAGGAGCCUUAAGAGAAUAUAUAAAAAUGAAAUCAAAUAUAUGAGUGAAAGAAUGUCAAUUCAUAGGAUGUCAUAAAAACACGAUGCAUAUCUAGGCACAAUGCGUAUGUUCUGAAUAUGCUCCGAAUAGAGCGCAUCUAACUAUCAUGUGAUAAAACGUGACGCCUAGUAUAAAUGGAACCUUUCAAAUGAAUCAUCCAGUAUAGAAUUAUUUGCGGAAUUCUCCUCAAAUAAUUGAUUAUAACGUCGACAUUUUUAUUUUAAGAAUUUUAUUCAUCUUAAAUAGUUUAUGUUGACAGCUGUAUUCGACACACAUUUUAUUGCACACUUUGUAAGGCUACUUGUGCCGUCGUUUCCUGAGAUGAACAGAAAUGUUUAUUAACUUUUUUAGAGGACAAAAAAGAUGAAUGAUGGUGAUGUUUAAUGUGGCAUUUCUCUUUAUUCGUUGAUGUCAUAUGCAAAUCGAAAACUUUUUUACGUGUUUUAGUAUUAUAUAUAGUCACAUACAGGGUGUAAUCGCCGUUUCAAUUGGAACACCUUGUAUAAAUUGCAUUUACAUGAGACUAACUUUCCAGAUAAAUGCUUACUCACACAUACCGUAAAUGUAAGAAAUAACUGGACCAUUUCAUCUAUCAUAUUGUUACGCCCGGGACUCACUCGCGUUCGCGCACUUCCGAACUCGUGGAAGUAAAAGGAGACAAGCUAGCGGAAAAGAACUGUUUUAUUCAGUGAAGUACAGAUUGGUCACUUUGACACGUUCGUUCGGUUUAAAGUCUCCACUUCCAAUCUUCAUGGCGUUGUUAUUCAAUCAACUCAAGGGGACGACUCGCGACUUCUUCUAUCGGGCGUCUCGGCGCGGGCGUAAUAAUAUCUAUUAUAAAUACAGUAUGUCGAAAACAUACGAAAUUUAAUGUUAUUUGAAAAUUUCAGUAUUUUGAAUAUUUUAAACUACAAAGAAUAUUAAGAAUUAUAAACUGAUAUUAUUAAAAUGUACUAAUAUUUUUUGUAUAAUGUUAAGAGAUAUUCUAGGAAUAAUAGAUUAUAUCGAAUUUUUUGUGUUUAUUACUCUAAAUUACUUUGGAAUACGACAUUGAAUGUCUUCCAAUUUUGGAAUAGCAUUUUUCCACUCUAUUGGAGUAGCAUUUUACAUUCUAUUAGAUAUAUAUUCACUAUGAUUAUUCAUUAAAAAUCUGAAACUAUUUGUAUUGAUGAAUUUAAUAUUAUGUAACAUUUUAAAAUGUUUACGUUGUAAGCAUGUCAAUGUGGCAUAACCAAUGAAGUUUAAUAGUUUUUUUUUUUAACUUAGAUUUUAUAGCAGGUCCAGUCAUUGUCUUACAUUCAUAAUUUAUAUAAAGAGAUUGCAACAAUCAAACGCGUAUUCGACACGUUGCUUUUAACUAAAAUAAAGAAAGAAAUGCAAUUAGGAAUUGAUUAAAUCUCAGAAAUAUAAAAAAAUUUUGAUAGGCAACAAUAAAAAACGUGAUUAUAUUUUUUUACUUGUCACGCAUUAUAGAGUUUGACCUAAAAUUUUUUCUUUUUCAAAUAUAUAUCUGUUUUUUUUUCUUUCUCGCCGCAAAAUUUGAUACAAUUACGCACACGUUAUUUAAAAGUAGUAUUAUCAUGCAAUUAGUAACUUUGCUUAACUAUAUAGUGCAGUAUAGAUUCGCAAAGCAAUGCGAAAAAAACGAGAUAUAUUAAUGAUUAAAAGGCCUCGAGUAAAUAGGCAAAGGUUAUUUAUGUAAAAAAAUGUUGUUAAGAAUUUAAUAAUAAUUAUGAAAAAUAUUCCGAUUUUUAUUCAAUUCAUCAUU